GGUUUGGUAUGCCUUGAUUUUUUUCUUUCUGCUUCUGCUGCUGUCUAUGGACUGUGAACAUCGGCUGGCCUGAUUUACCUUGAAAUUUUCGAUUAUUUGUUAGAAAAUGCUGUCCAGAUUAGCUCUAAGGAGUGCUCUUCAGGCCAACAAGAGCCUGGCCUCUUCGCUAGUUGCAGUACGAAACUCCUCCGAUAUUCCAUUCAACAGCCCUGAACGAGACCAUGUCAACUUCCCCAGGCCCAAGAGGCUGGAAAACGUUUCCCCUGUCAGAUACGGGUUUGUCCCAGAAGAAUGGUUUGACUUCUUUUACAAGAAAACCGGAGUUACAGGCCCUUACAUGUUUGGGUUUGGUGUGACGACUUACCUACUGAGCAAAGAAAUUUGGGUGAUUGAGCACGACUUUGGUUUUGUGAUCGCCUUCGGUCUUAUAAUGUGGGGAGCGAAUAAGAAAUUCGGCAAGCAAAUAAAAGAGGCCACUGAUAAAAUGGUUGAUGAAUCUGAAGCAGAAAUGGCAGCCGGUGAAAGGGCAGUUAUUCAAUCUCUGAAGGACGGCAUUGACUUUGAGAAGAAGGCUCAGUGGCAGGCCGAUGGACAACUGAUGAUCUUUGAUGCCAAGAGAGAGAAUGUUGCUCUUCAACUUGAGGCCAUCUACAGAGAAAGGGCUCUGCAGGUCUACAAUGAGGUGAAGAAGCGACUGGACUUCCAAAUGGAGAUCGAGAACGUAGAGCGAAGGAUUGCCCAGAAGCACCAGGUUCAAUGGAUCAUCAACAAUGUCCUUAAAUCCAUCACUGGAGACCAAGAAAAGGACACCCUGAAAAAAUGCAUUGUUGACCUGAAGGGCCUAGCAGCCAAGGCCUAGAUCAUUAUCUCCGUGCAUUAGACUUUACCGUAUUGUUCCAUUUUUAUGUUAAAUAAAUAAAUUAAAACACGAUUGUUAGUUUA